CGCCAACGACCGACCGGGUGACGCACGCACGAAAAGCGAGACAGCAGCAGCAGUCGAGCGAGGAACACAGCAAAGCUCCGUGUCUUUCUUCGUCUUCUUUCGUCGUGUCGAGAUCGUGCCCGCACAAGUACUCGUACCGCAUCUGAAUCUGCACGUCGAGAUAGGAGUACUUUGCUCCAGGGUGUGUGUGCUCCGUUUUACCAUCAUCGGUGUGCAAGAAAAAACGGAGCAGCAGCAGUGAGUGCGUGUGUGCUCGCGUGUGUGUGCGUGUGUGUGCGUGUGUAAAAGCGCAGGCGGGGAGAGAAACUCAGCUCUCCUUCUCUCCCGUGGUGUCUUUACUGUACACACGGCAUCUCCGAGAGCUUCAACACUCAAUUCUUCUCAAUUGUGCCUAAUUGCGAUUAAUUGCCAAAAGAAAGUCGACGCCUCAGUGCUUCUGGUUUUGUUGACUCUGCGAUGAGGGACUUCUUCUGUUGAUCUUGAUGUUGAGAGUUUGGAGGUGUUCCUGUAGUAGUCCAGUCUACUGAUACUACGAGCUGUCCAGGGCAGAGGCGGGUGCCCAGGAUCCUGAGUUUGCUGCGCGGGAUUGCUGCUACUUUGCUGCGACGUAUCAUGAAUUUGCUGACCGGAUUAUAUAACAAGCUGGAUCAUUGACCCCUGCAGGCCCAAGUAGAUGGAGACUAUGACAUCUAUGGAAUGUAAUCAAAGUGGCAGUGAAGUGGUGCCGCGAAGGUGGUUAACUCGCCUACGGUUUCUUGAGAUGAUCGAAAGUGUUUCUCGUCGCGCGCUGAGUGGCUCCAGUGGGAGCUACCACGUUCGUGGUGCAGAGCUGGCGCGUGAUAGGAGACUGAAGACCCUUUCUGCCACUGUCGUCUUUUUAGACGAUACGCAGCACACCUUUCAAUUAGAUAAAAGGGCGAAAGGGCAAGCACUUUUGGAUUUAGUAUUUCAACAUUUAGAAUUAAUAGAAAAAGAUUACUUUGGACUGCAAUAUGCGGAAAACGGAUCAGUAUCAACAAGCAGUCCUAAUCCUGAUGUUAUGAGAUGGCUAGAUCCAUCAAAAUUAGUUAAAAAACAAAUAAGAAGUAAGGGUGGGCAGUUUUUCUUUAGAGUAAAAUUUUAUGUAUCAGAUCCAAGUAAAUUACAAGAAGAAUAUACUAGAUACCAGUUUUAUCUGCAAAUAAGAAAAGACAUUUUACAAGGGAAACUUCAACUGCUUACAAAUCCUGCUUGCAUUCUUGCAAGUUACAUUGUUCAAUCUGAGUUGGGAGACUAUCAUCCAGAGGAACACGGACCUGGCUAUAUAUCUCGUUUACAACUGAUACCAGGACAAACUGAAGAAAUGGAAAGAAGGAUUUCAGAAUAUCACCAAUUGCACAAGGGUCAAUUACCAGCAGAUGCCGAAUUUAACUUUCUUGAUCAUGCCAAACGUCUUGACAUGUACGGAGUGGAAUUACAUAAGGCAAGGGAUUCUGCGAAUAAGGAAAUACAAUUAGGAGUAACAUCUAUAGGAUUAGUUGUCUUCCAAAAUAACACUAGGAUUAAUGUUUUUUCGUGGUCGAAAAUUGUCAAGAUCUCAUUUAAACGUAAACAAUUUUUUAUUCAACUAAGAAGAGAACAGUCAGAGAACUAUGAUACUUUACUAGGCUUUAAUAUGCAAACGUAUCGUAGCUCGAAAAAUUUGUGGAAAUCAUGUGUGGAACAUCAUACAUUCUUCAGAUUGCAUAGUCCUAAGUUACGACCACGUCGUUUUCCGCUAGCGUUGAGCAGCCGAUUUACGUAUUCUGGUCGUACCGAAUUCCAAACGGUAGAAGAUGGAAAACACCGAGCCCGAGUGGAAAGGACUUUUAUUCGAUCGCCUAGUAAAAAGCUUAUUCACGGAAUCUUGCCUGUACCCAUUUCGGAAGAAAAGGGAAAGUUAUUGCCUCCUGGUAGACCAACUAGGUCUUACGAUAACAAGGUUCAAUCGCUUGGUGCACGCGAGCCACGCCAAGCGUGGGGAGAAGGCAAUCAAAGCGAUGACGAGGGUGGGUUUUUGUCGCUCAGAGAAGAAGUGACGAUAACACACACACAAGGUACCGGGGGUGCUUUCUCACCGAUGCUGGGAUCACGAGUAUUAACAUAUGCAGAUGAAGAUACGACAGUCGAAAGAAAUAUUUAUGAUAUUCCAGAUUACAGUGAGCCUACAAGUUCUCCGGCCCCUCAAGUAUUGGAAGAAGGAUUAGUAACUAUUAGAAUUACACCGGAUGAACAGGGUCGAUUUGGUUUUAACGUAAAAGGUGGUUUGGAUCUUGACAUGCCAAUAUUGGUGUCUCGAGUAGCGCCGAAUACACCCGCUGAUCGUUGUUAUCCAAAACUGAAUGAAGGCGAUCAAGUAGUUUAUAUCAAUGGAAGAGAUGUUAAUGGAAUGUUGCACGAACAUGUCGUAAAUCUAAUACGACAAUCCCGAGAUUCCGGUACUGGUGAACUCACGCUAACAGUGAGGCCUAACGCUUUGUACAAUGCUCUGGCAGGUACAGAAGAACCAUUGGAAGAAGAACCGCCUUACAGGUAUGUGCCAGAUGUGCCACAUACUGCAGUGGGCUCAGAUGCACUUGCACAAUCAAUGUUACUGUUAGCGGACGGCUUGGCAAGUGGAGCUUUGAUCGCUCAAUAUGAACAAUUAUACAGAAAGAAUCCAGAGCUCACUUCCCUGGAAUCGAAGAAACCCGAAAAUCAAAACAAAAAUAGAUAUCGAGAUAUUUCUCCAUAUGAUGUAACCAGGGUAAUUCUGAUGGGCUCGAACGGAGAUUACAUAAACGCAAAUUAUGUAAACAUGGAGAUCCCGGGUUCAGGCAUCAUUAAUCGCUAUAUAGCGACGCAGGGUCCACUCUCGUCAACUGUUGCUGAUUUUUGGCAGAUGGUACUGGAGGCUGGAAGUACCCUCGUGGUGAUGCUAACAACUCUGGUGGAGCGAGGGCGAGCCAAGUGCCAUCAGUAUUGGCCCGCGCUACAGGAAACCCUCACUCUUAGGAACCUAACACUGACAUGUACUUCGGAAAUAAACGAAGAUACCUUCGUUUUUCGCGAGUUCGUGCUUACUGAUACGAAUACGGGAGAAGAGAGGGACAUAACGCACAUGCAGUAUUGUGCCUGGCCAGAUCACGGAGUGCCCGGCGACUGGAGACAGUUCACGACAUUUACCGAAAAAGUCAGGGCUGCACGCACGGGUAUCGUUGAGCCCGCUGUUGUUCACUGCUCGGCGGGUAUCGGUCGCACUGGUGUGCUCGUCCUGAUGGAAACCGCAUUGUGUCUUAUCGAAGCCAAUCAGCCUGUGUAUCCCCUGGAUAUCGUUCGCUCGAUGAGGGAUCAACGAGCAAUGAUGAUACAAAAUGCUAGUCAAUACAGAUUCGUCUGUGAAGCAGUUCAUAAAGCGUAUACCGAGGGCAUAGUCAAGCCCCUUCCCGAAUUUAGCAGAUGAGAUCAGGAUCGUUGAAGGUGAUAUAAUGCUCUUGCGCCACGCCACAAGUAUCAUCCAUCUGUUCCAUUUAGAUUAAGGAAAAGCCACCUAUUGAAAAGAAUGCAGCUCCUAGUUUUUACACAUCCCGACAAUAAUUUUCGUUGCGUCUUUUAGAUAUAAUAGAUAUUUAUUAUAAAAGAUUUUAGAAUUUUUAAGAUACAUAUAACAAGUAGCCUUAGAUCUUAUGUCUUUAUGAGUGAUACGUGAUCAAGUAUUUAGGAAAAAUAACAAAAAGACCCUAUAUAAACAUAAAUCAUUCACUAUUUUAUGAUAAAAAAGAAGAUUAAAUUCUAAUUCUCAUUGCUCAUUGAUCGCCGUGAUAUGUCUAGAGUAUCUAAUCAAAUGUAGGAUUUUAGAAAUAAUUAGUGAGUAACAAAUAAUAAUCAAAUGCUCUAGGAACAUAUAAAAGAACGAGAAUAUAAAUAGAACCGUGUAGAACUGUUAUUAUAAGAGUGAUAUGUCAUGCGAUAUUUUUACCUCUGUAGAGGAGAUAGAAAGAAAGUAGGAGAUGUUUGACCAGAUCUCUCGGCUGUAAGUGUGUCAUAUUUAUGCGUUCAAUAUGGAAAUAUGUAUAUACUAGAAGGAAAAAAAAUGAAAAUUGGCGCGAAUUGCCAAGUCCAAACAGAUGGUAUUUUCAUACAAAUUUACUCGAGAAACGAGUCGAAUUAACACGCCCACUGCCAAUUCCAUUCAUCGCUCUGCGUCUAGAUGCGAAAAUAUAAAGUAAAUUCUUUAGGCAGUUGGCAACAAGUACAUUAUACAAUCUCGUAGUACAUGGUUCACGAUAGCAUUUAUUAGAUAACCAUUGGUUUUUUUCAAUCAAUUGACAAUUAAUGUGAAAUAGACAAAAAUCACUAAAACAGAAUGCAUUAUGGGCACAUUUUGUUAAUUUCAAAUAAGCACUUGUUAAUAUCACAAUUUAACGAUCAAUAUUUUAUAAUGUAAGAUUGUAUUCACACAAUCAAAAAUAAUGAACUGCUAACGUCUCUUAAAGAAAUUAUUACUUUUCUUUCUUUGCUUGAUAUUUACUCUGUGAUGUUUUAUUUUAACAUUUUAAAUCAGUAUUUUUUAAUUUUAAUAAAUACAAUAUUAAAUUAUAAAUGUCAUAAUUAUUUUAAUCAACGAAAUAUUUAAACAUAUCCCCUUUACUGUUGACUUAUUGAAACUUUUUUUACAACAAUAGAAUAAUAGAUGUUUGGCAUGUCUAUGUCUCAAUGAAAGCAUUUCAUAAAAGAAAAUAUAAGCAACAAAAAUACCCCAUGCUCAAAAAAAUACUAUACACAAAAAAAGUUGUUACUAUUACAAUACAGUGUUAGAAUCGCGAAAAUAUCAGUGAAAGGAUGUAAGGCCCGACAACAGUGCCUUGCAAAAUCGUGUGUCAAAUAAAUUAAAAAGUAAAUCUUCAUCUCUGCUUCUUAAUGUAUUCGAUUCAUUCUCAUUUCCCGUUAUUAGUUUGUCAUUUGCCGAAAAAAAUGCACUUGUAUAUAAUUUUUUACUAUUAUCAAUAAAAUCCAUAAUUUUCUAUCAUCAAUUUAUUUUUGCUGAUGCGCGUGUAAAUAUAAAAAUAAGACAAAAAUUGUAUAAGGAGCGAAUUAUUAUCGCACUUACAGACUGUCCGAAAGCUACUUACUAUAAUUGCCAUAUCGUUAUUAAAAAAGAAUAUAAGGUGACAAACGAUUAUAUUUAGUUGCGCUUCAGAAACAAUUGUAAUGAAAAAUAACGUUGGAACACGGGCAGUAUUUCGUUGAUAUGUAUAUUAUCGUGUAUAAUUAUUAUACAUAUACGGAGAAAGGCUUAGUACAAAGAACCAUCGAACGCCUUUUGAUAAUAUCCAGAUAAAGGAUAAGUUUUUCGACUUCAAGCGCGCAAUAGCGUUGAUGCGCGAGGCAACUAUAUUCAUUCAGGUAUAUUAUACGCUAAUAUUGGGUAGUUCAGAAAAAAAUGUUCAUCGAUCGAAAUGAUAAAUUAGAAAAGAUAUGAGAAAAGGUAACAAAUGUAAUAAAAACAGUCGAUAUAGCUGUCUAGUCUCGUUAAAAAUUUGUACUUUUGAAUCAUCAAAUAAAAACAUUUUUUAAAA